UUGCGUUCAAGUGAUUGCAUGAUUUCCAAAAUUUGAGGGAAGGUAAGUAGUCUAGAAACCUGACCUAACGGUCUAUGAAGGUAAGUCGUUCAACGGGUGGAUCACAAAACAAUAUAUCUUCGUUUAUGAGGACAAACAUUUCUUGGACCUCACCGUAAACCACCAAGUGACAAAGCUAAAUGUUACUCCGCGCUUCUGUACACUAGUGAAUCUUCGUCUGUUCUUUCACGCAGGGGAGCUGGCCUGCAUGCUUUCACACACGUGUACGCAACGUUGGUAAAUUGUCUGUUUCUAAACGUUGUUCACAUACCUGAAACUCGUGCUGUCGACAAAGUGUAACCACCACUAUAAAUCAUGCCCCGACUUCGCCCCGACAAAGAUAAAUAUCGUAAAGCAUGGAACAAAAGCUGGGAAGAUGACCUUUUGGAUAGAUAUCCCCCAGGACAAAAACCUCCAAAUAUGAUCAGCCCCAUCCCCCCCGAGCGUAUUCGUUUUCUCAAGGAUGCCGAAUCCCUUCCAUCAUUACAGUUGGAAAAAGACAGCCGAACCAAGGAGAUAUGUAUCCUUCAGCGAGACUUGGCUGAGGCUGCCGUAACAGGAUUAAGCAACGACAACUUGGAGGAAAGGUGGAGAUCCUUAUCGCAGCAGCGGCGGGAAGAAUUGGUUCUCGAAGGGCUAUAUGUAACUUCCUGUGUUCCAAAUGGCAUGGAAACCUGGCGGACAUGGUGUCCCGAAAUGACCGUCGCAACGCUCUCUGGGACAAACGACAGAGACUUCAUCCACCUGCUGAAAAUGCUCCUUCCGGUCGAUCGAGUCAAAGAAACACUCGGCACUCCGCUGCUCGUGCCGAAUCCCGCAUUCGAGGAGCUGAUGAUGACCGACGACGCUAUGCUCAGGCGUAUGGUCGACAGAUAUCGGCUCUAUAGAAGCUAUUUCAUUACUAUGGCCGUAUGGAGUAUCCUGAAUGCAUUCUACGGUAACAGAGAACAAAUGCAAGCAGCCAAGCCUCUGUACCGCGACAAAAGCGAGACCACCAAGGCUUUUUUACGCCAAGCCAAAGAAAUCUACAAAGCCGAAGGAAAGCUUCCCGAGUUCUCGGAGAGCCAGAAGGACUACGAUCGUCGAAAAGAGACAGAAAAUUGGGAAAAUCUGUGUUGGCACUGUAACCGCAAGGAAGCUGACGCAUCUGCUGGAGGAGAACGUUUCCAGAUUUGUAGCAGAUGCAAAACCGUGGGUCGAGUGGUGAGAUACUGUUCAGUGGAAUGCCAGAAGAAAGAUUGGAAGCAGGGAUUCCCCAGACCUCACAAAGCCAUCUGUGGAAAAGACGUUUUUGAAGAAGACAAGACCGACGAGAGUAUCCCGGAGACAAAGGACACGGAGUCUGAGACUGGUAUUCCGCCCUCGGACCCGUGUUUCAAACGAUCCCCAGAUCUCCUGCACCAAAUUUCUUUCAUCACCAAGCCCACACCAUGUGAUUACGUUUACAUGCGACCACGUCCUUUUGACGACAUAGGGAUUGACAUCCCCGAUAUUGAAGAUAAGGUUUUGUUUACCGUUAUGCGUCGGCAAGCGAUGAUAAACGGUGAUCCUGUCGCCGUCCUCAACAUGUUUGCCAUCUUGCGAACCUACGCACCACCUAGUAUUUCGGAAGAUCAGCUGAAGACACAGUUGAAGAAAGAAUAUAGCGUCGAUGUUGAUCUGCUUGGGGAGGACUUUUGGGAUAAAACGAUGGAUCCUCCUACCGAGGAAGAACAGCAAAUCAUCAAGGAAUUGGUGAGAAAGAAACUGAUGCACCGGAAUGUUGAAGAUUCGUAUCCCCGCACUGACACUAGAAAGGAGUUGGUGAGGAGGAAAGUGACGCAUCAAAAUAUCGAAGACUCGUGUCCUCCCGCUAACUCGGAGUUAAGGGUAGUAACAGAUCAGAAUGUUGAAGAGUCACAUACACUCACUGGCGCUAUAUUUUACUCACCUAUCACACUUCUUACUAUCCUUCUUGUACCUUACUUCCUGUCCGUCUUGAUACGUUAGGGCUACACCUUGAUUCACCUUUACUGUGCCCGAUGGAGGCUACACAUGGAUUGUUCGCUCCAUGUAUUACUUACACUCUUCGUUAGCUCUUCCC